AUUUUUUUGGUUUCUCUGCUUAGGUACGGGUUUGCAGGGCUAUGCAGUAGGCUAAUCCUUAUUUAUCCAAAUGGGCGCACGCUCUCGGGAUUUCUUGGCCAUGUCAACAUCAACAAAAUGAAAAACCAUCGCAUGCAACCUUGGUAGUACUCUUUACCUUUAUUCCCCCUGUUUGUGUUUCUGAAUGAGCUUUUUUUUUUUUUUUUUUUUUUUUUCUUUCCUGUGUGUGUGUGUACAUGUAUAUAGAUGUGUGCAUGUUUUUUAUGUUGUGAGCUUUACAUGAUAACGAUGACGAUGAAGGAUGGAAUGCAAAGCAGAUGGAAAGGAAAAGAAACGAGCCAAAAGAAAAAAAGAAAAAAAGAAAAAAAGAAAAAAAGAAAAAAGAAAAAAGUUAUGGCAUGCUCAAUAAGAAGGAUAGCGCUCUUCUGGCUGUUCUUUUUGCUCGGCGAUUUUUCCGAAUACCAUCAUUUUUCUUCAAACUACAAACAGAUUCCCAGCAUCAUCUUACUCAUUGCCAGAUGUGUGUCUCUUUGUCAUUGUCAAUCGUUCCGUUAUUUUGACAACUCCUUUUUUCUGACUGGACACCUAAUUUCUAAAAAUUCUGUUGCGGAUGAUUCAUCCAUUCGCCUUGCAUUUCCCCCCUGCCAUGUCCUGCUUUUUUUUUUUUUUUUUUUUUUUUUUGUACACCCUUCCCCUGUCCUUGGCUCCUUUCAUUCAAUUCCAUGUUGUGUACUUCUUUUUUUGGAUUGAAGGAGAAGAGCGAAAGAAGGGUGAGAGCGCAUGAGGAGA